ACCGGUAUUUGCAUUGUACACGUUAUCCUUCAAAUCAUCAAGAAAAUCGUUCAUAAAAUCAACUUUGGAAGUCCACAAUCACCACAUUUGAGUUAAUGUCUAUGAAUCUUCUACUUCAAUCUAUUUGCGGUUAAAGAAUGUUGAUAGAUACUAGAAUUUCUGAGUAGCAUGUGGAAGUCUGUGUCUUUUCUUCAAAAUCGUCUGAAUAUUCAUUUGUAUAGUAUGACAACAUCUACUUUUCAUUCUAAAAGUGGUUUUUUCUUUCCAACCAAUAACCCUGAGAUAAACUACGCACUAACAGACUUGGUGUUUUCUUUUAAUCGGAUGGUUGAGAGUAGACCCAUUCCCCAUGUUCGUGAACUUAAUUAUAUCUUGGUUGAAAUUGCUAAAUUGAAGCAAUACUCUGCUGCCAUCUCUCUGAUUUUAGGACAUGACUUGUUAGGCUUUAACUCUCAAGUUAUUCCUAAUAUAUAUACGUUUGGUAUUGCCAUAAACUGCUUCUGUCAUAUGAAACAGGUGGACUUUGGUUUCUCAUUGUAUGGAAGAAUGGUUAAGGUUGGUUUUAAGCCUGAUUGUGCAAUAAUUAAUACUCUGUUAAGAGGGCUUUGUGCUAGAGGGGAAACUUCUUAUGCAGUGAUGUUUUUUAAUGAAAUUAUGUACAAUGGGUUACAACCAAAUCUAGUAACAUAUGGUACUAUAAUACAUGGCAUUUGCAAAAAAGGUGAGUCACUUGCUGCUCUGCGUUUGCUUAGAGAUAUGGAGGAAACUGGAAGGUUUCAACCUGGCACCACCGAGUAUAAUAUGAUUAUUCAUGGCCUUUGCAAAGAGGAGCGUGUUACCGAAGCUCAUGAGCUAGUUUUUGAAAUGAUAAAAAAAGGUAUUCUGCCAGAUGUUGUAACAUACAAUAGCUUGCUUCUAGGUUUUUGUAAUACAGGUCAAGGUCGAUGGGAGGAGAUGCAGGGAUUGGUGAAUGAAAUGCAAGCUCGAGGCCUCUCAUUAGAUGUAGUUACUUGGACCAUUUUAGUUAACUUUCUGUGUAAAAAAGGCGAGGUGGAGGAUGCACAUAAGAUAGUAGAAAGGAUGUUGGAGAGAGAUGAGAAACCCGAUACUGUUAUUUACACUGCACUAAUGCACGGGUAUUGUUUGCUUGGUAAAGUGAAUGAUGCUCGAAAGAUUUUCAAGGCUAUGAUUGAACAAGGGUGUGUGCCUAGUGGUGUAAGUUACACUGUCAUAAUGCAAGGUUAUUGUUUGCUUGGCAAAGUGGAUCAUGCUAGAAAGAUCUUUCACACUAUGAUUAGACAAGGGUGUGCACCUUGUGUUAUAAGCUACAGUAUCUUGAUUAACGGGUAUUGCAAGGCCAAAAGGUUUGGCAAAGCUGUGAAUCUCAUUAAUGAAAUGUUUCAUAAAGGAAUUGCUCCUAAUAUCAAGACAUAUACCACUCUCAUUAAUGGUUUUUGUCAUAUUGGAAGACUUGAAGAAGCAUUUAUGGUUCUUGAUGAAAUUCAGAAACGCGGUGUAUAUCCAAAUAUUAAUACUUACUCUAUUCUGAUAGAUUCUUUGUUGAAGAAAGGAAAUAUAGAUGAGGGUCUGAAAUUGUUAAGGACUAUGGAAGAUAAGGGCAUGGUCCCUGAUAUUGUUCUUUGGACUAGUCUUAUUGAUGGCAUGUGUAGAGCUGGCAAAGUAGAUGCUGGCCAUGAUUUUUUUCGUGGACUCCAUGAUAGGGACUUGCAACCUAAUUGUCGUACCUAUAAUGUCUUGAUUGGUGGACUCUUUAGAAAUGGUAAACUUAAGGAUGUGAAACAUCUGCUUCAAGAAAUGAUGGUUAGAGGCUGCAUGUUGGAUGCUGUUACUUACAAUUUAGUUAUUCAGGGAUAUCUUCGAUAUAAUGAGACAAAAGUUGCAUUAUUUUAUCUUGACAGAAUGCUUGAUGCUGGUUUCUCUGCAAAUCCAAACACAUCACUUAUCCUAGGGGACUUGUUGGCCACAAAAUCGUUGGACAAUGCAUCCAAGCUAGUACUUAAGAAGUAUUAUCGGCUUAGAGAAAUUAAAAAGUUUAGAUUAUGAUCCAAGGAAGGUAUGUGAGGCAGUAGACCGUGUUUACUGAAUAAAUGUUCGGUGAAUAUGAUAUGAAUCAGUAGUUCUUGCCUAAAUGAAUCCGAAUGACCCCCAAAAGGAAAUAUGUCUCGAACCAUGUGACACUUUACCAUAGACUCCAACUGGAAUCUGAAAUCUGAAACACUGCAAAAUCAAAAGAGUCACAAGCUCAGUUUGAAGAUACCUAUUCAUGUUCGUUUCUUCCACACACGGAUGUUGAAAAGUUAUUAGAGAAAUAAGCCGAGCACUUUUGCGCGUUCUCUCAUCAGACUUUUUGAGAAUUUGGAUAAUGGAUCAGAUUUUCAUCACAUACAUCAAGCAGCUCUAUGGUUCGGAAAAAUAUAAAUAGCUUAAUUACCAGGUUUUCUGAAGGCAGUGAGGUUUUGGACAUGCUGCUAAAGAAACCCAAUCUCUGAAUUCUUACACACCCAUGGGUCAAGCAAGCAGUGCAAAAUACAGAUUUGUUCACUUCAUAUUUUUGAUAUGCCAUAUGAAACUAUAAUACACUUUUGAUAAAUUACAGACCAUGGUCGUAUCCCAAUGAUGGUUCCUCGCCUACUCUUUUAUGACAGGUACAUUUUGCUGCAACUUAGCUGUUUUUCUUAUUUGCAAGUAUUUUUUAGAGGUGGCAAGUUCAAAACUUCUAGCAUGAAUGGAUUUAUCUUACUUAAUUUUCUAUACCAUGGAAGAGGAAUCAUUCCUUUCACUUCUGAAGCCAAGCGUCUCCUGGAAGAUUUGUUAUACCAAAAAGAGGAACCAUUUUAGGUGCGCUUGGCAAUAGGACUUAACAAACUAGUUCUGAUCAAACAGGCCUAAUUGCUCAAAUAAGUUGCUAAAUGGAGAGAAGAUCAAGCAGGCUGAAGUCCCACAUAAGUAUAUUUUUGUAGCAUAAAACCUCCUAAAUUGUGUCGUCCAGAUACUCAGAUUUUUGUUUAUAUUUGUGAAUCAUGAUUAACACAAUAAUUUUGUGUAAAAAAACUUAUUAAAUGGACAAAAGAUGGUUUACUA